AUGCUGCGGCUGCUGCUGCUGCAGGUGUUGGCCAGCUGCCUCUGGCUGGGACACAGUGAGGUGGUGACGUCCUUUGAAGAUUGUCAUCAGUUUUUCUAUGAGAGAGCCACCCCAAGUGAUGCACUGCAUCCGAAGAAACUAGCCAGGAUCUGUCAGCGCUACAGCAACUCCUAUCACUAUGCCACGCUGUACGACCGAGACAGAAGAAUUCCAGUCUAUUCUGCUUACAUCUACGGGACAGGAUCUGGCAAGAAACCUCAUACACCAUGGUUUGUUGAGCCCCAGCUGAUCAACGAAACUUAUCUCAAGGAUAUGGAUACAGAGAGUUCCAUUGAAAAGAAAUACAAGAUCACUGCACAGCAAAUUGGUGAGAGUCAGGCUAUCAACCAAGACUACAACAACCUCCAGGAUUUGAACCGUGGUCACUUGAGCCCCAGUGGCCACCAAAGUGGAAACAACAGCAAGACAGCUACCUUCACCCUUACCAACAUAGUGCCCCAGAACAGCACACUUAACAAGGGUGCCUGGAAUGACUAUGAGACCAAGACAAUGGCUGAGAAAACUGAGGACUGUAAAACCACUUACGUCAUCACGGGUGCUGUGCCUGGGAACACCAACAUCCCCAAUAACAGGGUUAAUGUACCCAGCCACAUCUGGUCAGCUGCCUGCUGCUUGGUGAACAAAAAGCGCAGGAAGGCAUGGGCAGUCAUUGCUGAGAACGACAAGAAUGAGGUGGAGAACCUCAGCCUGGGGGACCUGGAGGCCAGGUUGACUGAGCUCUACAAAGGAAAAAGGGUUACUCUGUUCAGCAAAGCCUGUCCCCGCAAAGAAGCCCCAUAUCCUUGA